AUGGCCAGAGAAGAUGCCCUCCCCUGCAUCCGGGCUUCUGCCGCUAGCAAAUCGACACGCCGCCUGCUUCCCGAUCCAGCGACGGGCAUUUUCAUCCUCUCCAACGCUCCCCCGAUCACGAGUGCCAACAACAGCUUCCCUCCCAAGUUCGACUCUCCAACUCUAUCCUCGAUUGCCAGACGAACCUCCAUCAAUGCUUUGACGGGCCACUCGAGGGACGUGCUCCAAAUCCCUGCCAUGGCUUCGUCUUUCAAGAAUCUGGCUCUGCGCCUGCCCAGAGCCACCUCCAGCAAGUCUCAUACUGCCGUCCUCCGAUGCUGCUCGAAAACUCCCAUGUCGACCGCCGCCCCCUUGCAACCAAGUAGCCGUGCAAUCUCCUUGACAUUACACAGCAGCAGUCUCGCUCGAUCUGGAUCUUGCAGAUCCAUGCUCCCACUGGUUCCCCGGGCCCGCGCCACCUCGCCCAUGACGAUUGCUUCACAAGCUCGAUGCUUUGCUAGCGCUUUUCCGUCAGCGACUAGCUCGGGAGCUUCCCCCAGGCCUUCUGCCUCUCCAUCCGGGCCCACGUCCUCACUCGACUGGGACUCCUUUUUCAAGUUGCGGCUUCGCCGGCGACGUAUCCAGCUGUUCUUCUCCGUCACGACCGGCCUGCUUGGUGGCGCCGGCGGUGCUAUUCUGCUGUCCACGGGCAUGGCAGAGCCUGUCGUGGUACAAAUUCCUCUGGACCCCUUCGUCACUCUGGGGCUGAUGACGCUGGCUUGUGCGGCCAUGGGGUGGCUCAUCGGCCCCAGCAUCGGAAACCAGGUGUUUUACCUCAUGAACCACCGCCUCAAGGCCCAAAUGAUGAACAAGGAGACGGAGUUUUUCGCGAGGGUGAAGAAGAACCGAGUGGACCCCUCCAACUCCAGUGCCGGUAAUCCAGAAAUACAGACCAACGCUCCUGCAGUGCCCGAUUUCUACGGCGAAAAGAUCCAAAGCGUCUCUGGAUACCGACAGUGGCUCAAGGACCAGCGGGCAUUCAACAAGAAGAAGACCAGAGCGUUUGUGUAA